GGCCAACGCUCGCCGUCAAUCGUCUUGUGUUUCUAAAGGUGCUGCUGCGUUCACGGACUGUGACACAGGAAUGUCCUUCCUGUGCCGCCUCGGAUGCUCACGGGUAAUAAAUCUACAGGACCUCACUGUGGACUCCCAAGUCCAGGAGUGGAUGACGAGAUACGGUUAAUCAGCAAGCCCUGAGCUGGCUGAUCUCAGAGCAGAGAAGGGCACCGCGUUAACCCCGAAUGUGAGGGAGAACUUUUGGAGAGCUACGGCCUGAAGGCGUUACAGUUCCUGAGAUGUCAGUCAAACGAGCAGACGGGAUGUCCAUCGCACAGGCUUUGGCGAUGACUGUAGCGGAGAUCCCGGUGUUUCUCUAUUCCACAUUUGGGCAGUCCAUAUUUUCUCAGUUAAAGCUAACCCCGAGCUUGAAGAAGGUGCUGUUUGCCACAGCGCUGGGCAGUGUAGCUCUGGCUCUCACCGCUCAUCAGCUGAAAAGGCGAGGGAGGAAAAGGAAGCAGGCGACGCAAGGGAAGGAGGGCCAGAAGACGGUGGGAAUACCCGAGGCGCUGAUAAAGACGGGAAGACCCUCGUCAUUAAAGAGAGCUCCUUUCAGUGGCCGACAGAUGAUGAGUCCCAGCACUCGGAGCAAUGAUACCAUGAGUGGAAUUUCUUCCCUGGCUCCCAGUAAACACUCAAGUUCCUCACACAGCCUGGCAUCUAUGCGAGUCCCAAGCUCUCCAAAUCAGUCAGCUAAUCCAUCGACGCCCUGGGAAGCGGAGCCUGUGGCUGAAGAGUCGGGGGCAGUAGAGGAUGCAAAUGCAGAGAACCUGUAUUUAAUGGGGAUGGAGCUGUUCGAGGAAGCUCUCCAGAAGUGGGAACAGGCUUUGAAUAUUCGCCAUCACACCCACUCGACCUCCAGCAACAACAGCCUCGCUCUGCAGGGGGCGGCGUGUGGAGACUUUCCUGUGGUUGAAACCCGUAAUAAAGUGUUUGCUGAGAAGCUGGAGACACUACUGCACAGGGCGUACCACCUACAAGAAGAUUUUGGCAGCAGUGUACCGACAGACAGCGUGCUGGCAGACUUUGUCAGAUCAGUUUGUGUUGUUCCUUUGGCAGAGAGUGAAGGAACUCUUAUCUUGCCUCAAGUGGAGAGUUACCACCGGCUGCAAGACGAUGACGCGACUACUGUUACCUCUGAGGAUUCCUUCUUCUCGGCCGCAGAGCUGUUUGAUGCCAUGUCUGUCGAAGAGGUCUACCAGCCACUUAAGCCAGCAGCUCUCUAUGAAGAAGCUUUGUCUCUGGUUCGAGAGAGCAAAGUGGCCUAUAGGUCCCUGAGGACGGAAUUACUUGAAUGUUUCGGUGACCAAGACUUCCUUGCCAAGCUUCACUGCGUGAGACAAGCAUUCCAGUUCCUGUUGUUGGAUGAAACUCACCGCACGUUUUUCAUGGAGACCGGGAAGCAAAUGAUUACAGGCUUAAUGGUGAAGGCAAACAAGAGUCCCAAAGCGUUCCUGGAGAGCUACGAGGACAUGCUGCUUUACACUCAGAGAGAGGAAACGUGGCCCGUCACCAAGAUGGAGCUGGAAGGCCGAGGGGUGGUGUGCAUGAACUUCUUCGACAUAGUGUUGGACUUCAUCCUGAUGGACGCGUUUGAAGACCUGGAGAGCCCCCCGUCGUCUGUGGUAGCCGUGCUGAGGAACCGCUGGCUCUCUGACAGCUUUAAAGAGACGGCUCUGGCGACCGCUUGUUGGUCUGUCCUGAAAGCGAAAAGACGUCUUCUUAUGGUUCCCGAUGGUUUUAUCUCCCACUUCUAUUCCAUAUCAGAACACGUGAGCCCAGUUUUAGCUUUCGGGUUUUUGGGGCCGAGGCAGCACCUCAGUGAAGUGUGCAAUAUAUUCAAGCAACAAAUCGUGCAGUACCUGAAGGAUAUGUUCGAUCACGACAAGGUCCGCUUCACCUCCGCUCAGUGCUUGGCCGAGGACAUCCUAAACCUUUCCCACCGCCGGAGUGAGAUUUUACUAGGCUAUCUGGGAAUCGAUAGCCUCAUGGAGCUCAACGGUGCCCUGCCCAGAGACACAGACGGCUCUUCGGGGCACAACUAAGACGACUAAGGCGUGGGGGGGAGGGUCACUAAGGGCUUCACUGGGCUCGUACAGUCCGAACGCAACGUGGGCUGACCGGCAAUGGACUCAACACUUAACCCUUUAUCUCCGUUAGGACUGGAUACAGCCGGCAUUAUCGGUUCAUUCAUCUGUGUUCAUCAAACUACUGUCAGAGGAUAUAUAUAUUUUCACCUGAUCACCUGUCUUUGAUCCAACGAGGGAGACCGGUUGGAUAAUAUCGUUAUCAGCUGCUGUGUCGCGUAUCAAUGCCUACAGGUUGUCAUUUAAUCUCAUACGUGUCAGGACUUGUCUCUGCCUUGUUGGGUGUCGUGGAUACUUUAUAAAAAAAUAAAACAAACCUGACAGAAGAAGUCCCAGAACAUGAAGGUCAGGUCUUCUGUGCGGUUAGUCCAAGUGGAUCAAGAAGCAGUGUUUGCAUUGUAACCUUCAGGUUCGGCCAUCGUAUUCGAAAAAGAGUGAAAAGAAACGGUGCGAGUCUGUCGAUGUGUGUUUGUAUGUUUUAUAUUAAAGGGGGAAGGAUAUUUGUUGAAAUCAUAAUUCCUGACAGGCUUGGAAACUAAAGACUUGAAGCACGUAAUGGAUUUGUCCCCUCGCUGAUUGUUGUUAAAUCUGCUUUAAUCUGAACAAGUAUUCAUCCUAAUUUGGUUUAAAAAUGUCACAUAUCCGAGAGAGCGUGUUAAAAUGCGGAAAGACAUCAUGUGAACAUAGUGUAGGGUGCUAACGUGUUUAAUCAUACAAACUAUAUUUUGACUGCAGACACACAGUUUCUUCUCAUACAGUCAAAGUGGACGUAGCUAAACCAGCUGAAGUGGUUUUUGUUUUGUUAAAUCUGAAUCUCUCAAACUCACAGUUGAUUCUUCAGUUUAAGAAUCAGCUCCAGGUGUGAAAAAACAUCUGUCUGACUACCAUCACACGCAGGAUUAUCGGUUUUUUGAAGGUGUAAUAAGAAACAAACGAGCAGCGUGACACAUGAGUGCUCUCAGGGAGUGAUAGAUAACAUUAUGACUUGAAAUCAAUCUUAGGAGAUGUGUUACUUCUUGACUAACGAGCUCAACGUUUGAUUCUUUUUCCAUCAAUGUAUUUAUGAAUCGGUUUUGGCACUUCCAAAAUUGUACAAGCUUUAAUUCACAGAUUUAAAAACAUAAAUAAAUAGUGAAGUUUAGGGGGAAAUAUCCAAAGAAAUCAACGUAAAAUUUGGAUAAAUACUUCUUGAAUAUGGUCGUUCAUCUAAUCUUAAAGGUUACUGACUGAGUGAAAAUGUGCUGCUCUCUCUCUCUCUCUCUCAUCUUCUUUUUCACAGCCGACCUUUUGACUUUUCAUCGUAGGAAAAGCUUUAAAACAUCAACCGAAGCAGCUAAACGGAAGUUUUACUUUUCAUACUGUGACAUGUCAAAAUGUAACACCUCCAGAGACAAAAAGCUCUGUGUCUAAUCGAUUAUAAAUCUUUUGCAUCACUGUACACAAGAACAUUUUUAAAAAAAAAACUUCAAAAUGAACCAGUGCCAUCUCUACUAGUCUUAUUAAAUGAUUGUUCUUGUUUUUGUUUCUGGUUUGGUGAAGGAGCCAGGCACUGUACAGUCAGACUGUAACCUACAUAACAAGUGCACUGAUGAUAAGCCCUGAUUUCUCUUUGUUUGUUUUCCAAUACUGUGAAAUACCGUUGGAGCACAGAGACACGGAAGGGGCACUAAAGAUGCCAAGUUAAAGAAGUGAGUUUGAUCACGGAUAACUCCACUGUAAACACAGUUGUUUUUUGUGUGUGUACUGUAUUAUAAAAUACUGAUGAAAGGUUUAUUUUAUUGUUCAUGACAGUAGAUCAGAAUGUAUGCUUACGGUUGCCUGCAAAGACUGAUAAAAGGGAAGAUGUUUCUGUCCGAUUAUUUUGGGGGUUUUCUUUUAUUUAAACAGUUUAUCGUACACAUUAGUACUGUAGAGGUCAGCUCUUUGUUAUUCGUAAUCAUACAAGUGUGUGUGUGUGUGUGUGUGUGUGAUUUGUGGUCUUGAUAAUCCAAAUCCUGCUCUUGUUGCAACACGCCUCAGAGAUUCAGAGCUCAGAAAUGUUGUUUGUGGCAGUCUUGCAAUGCAAUAACAGCGUGUUCUCCUUUUUUCUUUUUUCAAACUCUCCUGUCAAGAGUCGUAGGUGUUGUAGGAUUAUUUCCGUUUCUGUCCUUUAACUUUAAGUGUGAAUCAGAGCUUUUUACGGGUGAUCACUUUUGUUCUUUUCUUUGACAAGACGUGCAGCUUUGUGUUUUUUAAGGCAUCUUGCACUUUAUCAGAAAAAAGCAGAAAGAUACAGGAAUGUCCAACAACCCCCCCUUUUAUUUGAAUAAUCCCUUUGAGAGUUUAACUAUACAGAUUAUUUAUCGCAUCAUAGAAACAGACAUAUUAUUGAUAACAUAGAGCAUAAAAGCUGUACAGUAGAGAAUCUUUCCCAGAGAAGUAUAUUAUGGAAAUAUAUUCUGGUUACUAUUCAGAGUUAAAAAAAAAUUCUCCAGUUUUUAACCGUUGGCUGCGUGUGGUCCAAUCCCUGCUGCAAAGCUUGAAAAGAAAUAUAAUGCUCCCCCCAUGUUUUAGUCUUAGUAUAUUUGCAGCAGUAUGCAUCAUGCAGGUUAAUGCAA